CGCACCCUAAGAGGGACUAACGCUCUAUCGGAGUUAGCCCCCCUCCCCCGCAUUUCCCCCACACUCUGCUCUUGUUCCACUCAUCCGCAACGGCCCUCCCAUCGAUUAGUCCACACAUCGCAUCCCAUUCCGCCUUCUGUGCCGCUGAACGCAACUUCUCUUGCUCUGAUGAGAGUGAAUCGGUCUUCCGACCAUAUCUGAUGGGCUUAUCCGCACAAAAGAACCAGCCGAAGGGAGGCCGGGGCGACCCGGCUGGUCCGAGAUGGUCGUCCGGACGCGGUCUCACCGAGUCGCAGCGUGCGAGGAAACGGGAGGUCGAUAGGAUCAGAAGUCGGCGGUGCAGGCAGUCGACGCUGGCCCGCAUCGCCGAACUGGAGACUAAGCUUCAACGCGUCCUCGCAGCUGAACCAGAUGGCCGCCGAGAGCCAAAAGAUUCGCCCAACAAUCGGGAUGAGAUUCCAAACGGGACGCAGAAUCAAAUUACUAAUGAUGCCCAAGUUCAGGGAAACGACACUGCGGCUCCGCGCUCAUUUAACCGCGAUCCCAAACGUCGGCUAGAUGAGGAUGCGGCUGGAUGGGGAUUUCUUUCACUACCCGAGGAUUCCACGAAUACGUCUCAACUGGCGAUGAAAUGGGGUAGCGAAUACCGUAUCCCCACCCAGAACGGUCACCAUGACCCUCAAGACGAGUUGACGAUGCAUCCGAGCCAUCCACCAGAUCUCCCUGGUGUUAACUUAGGCACCGUUGCUCAAGCUUCCAACCUUGUACUUUCAAGAGGUCCUGCCCUGGGAUCGGAUAUCAUUCGAGCCCUUUUCACUACAAGCGCGCUGCGGUCCACCGCCCGGACGUUAGAACACGUGCAACAAUUCCACAAAGCGGCAGUAUGCACUGAUGAUCGGUUGAAUCAAGACGUUUUGAUAUGUGCAGUCACUGAAGGGUGGGAUGCUGCGGAAUCUCGUGGCAAGCUCUGUCCGCUUUGGAAAAUCUUGCGCCUCAGUGACAGGCUAAUUUUCCAGAGGUCUAGUCAAGUAACUCGGUUGGUCAUGCUACGUAUGAUUCAUCACAUGCUCCUUUUCAAGGUGUGCCGCAGAAGACUGGACCAACUUCCCCCUUGGUACAGGCCCAGGCCAACGCAAACGAUGUUCGCUCAUGAUGGAAUCAUAGACUUUUUCGUCUGGCCUGGCAUGCGCGAGCGGCUCGUCCUCUCGAAAGCAAACCAGCUCACGAAUGAUUUCUGGGAGUGCUUCUCAAGAAACUUUCGUUUCCUCUGGCCCUACCCUUUCGAGGAUAUUUACGCUCUAGACUUUUCUACAGGCCGCUUCUAUUUCUCGGCUCUGUUCGAAAAGCAGCUUCUGGAGCUUACUACAUGGCAAAUGGAGAGGCAAUUCUUUCUCUCGUUUCCGGAAUUUGGCGACGAUAUUAAGGUUGCUGAGCCACAUUGCUCAGAAUUUAGUGUAAGGCCUUGUGCAAUGCAAAGGUCAUUUCGAGAGGUGGAGUGUAGUGAAGGCGCUGGAGCCGUUGGCUUUGGUGAUCAUGUUCCAGACUUUGAUAUUGGCACGAUGGUGCCCCAGGAGAUUCCGGGGCAAGUCUGUUGUGGACUGACUUCUUUUGAUACCUCAUCUUAUGAAAGCUCAUGCCUUUUUUAGAUGUGUAUGUAUAUAUAUGUUCACCAAUUGCCAUGCGCCAUUAGCCCACUCCUCGCCUCCUCAUUAUCAUCAGUCUUAUGCGAUAUCAUCGCCAAUACUUUAUAACCUGCUGCUGGCACGCCUUCUCCAUUUGCGCAACACUUAACCCAGGGGAUAUGCCUGUCUCACGAAAGUCUUCGUACACUUGCCCCAAGUCUCGAUUCCACGUGAGGGAGAUGUAGCUGUUGGAUAAGCGACCC